CUGCGUAUAUUAAGACCCAGGUCUCCAACUGUCAAUCAGUCAGAUCCGCCCCGUAACGUCACGCCAGGACCGGAAGCGGAAGUACGAGUUUCCCAGGAGCUAACAUCAAGACCGGAAGCGGACAAGAUGGAGAGCGAGUUUUCAGACCCCGAGCUGGCCGGACUCGGGGAGACGGAGAACGGCGAGAACGCCCCGGUGUACUGCGUGUGCCGCAAGCCCGACAUCAACUGCUUCAUGAUCGGCUGCGAUCACUGCAAUGAGUGGUUCCAUGGACACUGCAUCAACAUUACAGAGAAGAUGGCAAAGGCUAUACGCGAGUGGUACUGCAUGCAGUGCCGGGACAAAAACCCAACUCUGGAAAUAAAAUACAGACACAAGAAAUCCAAGGAGAGGGAGCGAGAAACGGAUCGGGAGGAGAGCGAAGAGAACUACAAGAGCGACAGGAGGAAAAACAGCAGCAGCAGCAGCAGCAAAAUUAAGCGUUCUGCACGCAUGUGCGGGGAGUGCGAGUCGUGUAGCCGUAAUGAGGAUUGUGGUCAGUGUGACUUCUGCAGAGAUAUGAAGAAGUUUGGGGGUCCCAACAAGAUUCGGCAAAAGUGCCGGCUCCGUCAAUGCCAAGUGAGGGCCAGGAAAAUGUUGCGCGUGCGAGACGACGAGUCAUCGGGGUUCAGGGAUACGCCGGAGCCGACCAGCCUCGCCGGUUCUCUGUCGGACGACGACCUCGCGCUGGAUCCAGAAUUAUAUCAGGAGCUGUGCGCUGGAGGAGCCUUUGAUGACCAUAACCUGCCAUGGCUCAGUGACACGGAUGAUACUCCAUUCCUGGACUCUGUUCUGAGAAAGAGAGCUGUGAAGGUCAAGCACGUGAAGAGACGUGAGAAGAAGUCUGAGAAAAAGAAAGACGAAAAGGGUAAGAGACACAAACAGAAGCAGAGGCACAAGGACAAAGCGAAGCACACCGACCGCACGGAGAGCCGGGACUUCUCUUCCCUCCGCCAGUGUCUGGGACCCAGCUGUGUACAGCCCGCUCGAGCAACCUCCAAGUACUGCUCUGACGACUGCGGCAUGAAGCUGGCGGCCAACCGGAUCUAUGAGAUCCUUCCUCAGCGUAUCCAGCAGUGGCAGCAGAGCCCUUGUAUAGCAGAGGAACAAGGAAAGAAGUUAUUGGAACGGAUCCGUCGGGAGCAGCAACAGGCUCGCACCAAACUGCAGGAGAUGGAGAGAAAGUUUCACGAGCUGGAGGCGGUGAUCAGUAAAGCCAAACAGCAGCAUAUUCGAGAGGAUGAAGAGACCAACGACGGUGACAGCGAUGACACUGACCUGCAGAUCUUCUGUGUGUCCUGUGGCCAUCCCAUCAACCCCAAAGUUGCUUUGAGGCACAUGGAGCGCUGCUAUGCUAAGUAUGAGAGUCAGACGUCCUUUGGAUCCAUGUACCCAACAAGGAUUGAAGGGGCCACGCGUCUUUUCUGCGACGUGUACAAUCCACAGAGUAAAACCUACUGCAAGCGGCUUCAGGUUCUGUGUCCAGAGCAUUCCCGAGACCCAAAGGUCCCCGCAGACGAGGUGUGUGGCUGCCCUAUGGUGAAAGACGUCUUCGAGCUGACAGGUGAAUUUUGCAGAAUCCCGAAGAGAAAGUGUAACCGACAUUACUGCUGGGAGAAGCUCCGCCGGGCAGAGGUGGACCUUGAGCGCGUUCGUGUGUGGUACAAGCUGGACGAACUGUUUGAACAGGAGCGUAACGUCCGUAUGGCGAUGACCAACAGAGCCGGCCUUCUGGCGCUUAUGUUGCACCAGACGAUUCAGCACGACCCGGUAACCACGGACCUCCGCACCAACAUGGAGCGCUGAGAAAGACGAAGCCGCCAACGUAGACGGUGCUUCGGGUUAAUGUUCUAAGACUUAUAACUAAAUGGAUCUCCCUGGAGUUUUAUUUGUUUCUGAGCAGUCCGUGGUAACUUCCUGCUAGGUAGGGAGUUUCUGUAUUUGAUUUUUUUAGUUUGUUUGGUUCAUCUAAUCAGAAUUCCCGGUUCAUUACAGCUCACACUUUCUCAAACAACAAAGUCAUGUGUAUUUAACGCGCAUAC